AUGUGGUGCGACAACUGCCUCCUCAUCUUCCCGCUCCGCGCGGGCACCAUGGCGCUCGCGACCGAAAUCGCGGCGUACAGCAUCGCGGGCGGCAUCGUCCUGUUCCUGUAUGGCCAGUACUUGUACCCGAGUGCAGACCUGGAGGUUCCGGUGUAUGGCGGCGUGUCGAUGGGCAUUGGCGCGUGCUCGGUGCUGCUGCUGCUCGCGUUUGCGAACCGAUCGCGCUUGUGGACCUCGGCCCUGUGCUUCAUCCUCCCGUUCGUCCUCGUGCUCAGCAUCGUCCGCGCCGGGAUCAUGACCUUCAGGCUCGACUACUACCAAGAGCGCAUCAUCUGGUCUUGCAACCACGGCGGCCAGCUGUACAACGCGACGCUCGCUGCCGACUCGACCUACUCGGCGGGCAACUCUUCGGGCGACACGAUCCCGACCGGGUUCUGCAGCGCCGGCUUCCACUCGCUGUACCUCGCGUUCGCGUUCGCCCUCGCGCUCGACUGCGUCCUCCAGGCGUACCAGCUCUUCCUCGUGUGGCGCUUCAGGGCGUUCCUGAGGAACUACAGCAGCCUCAAGGACUCGAGGGUCAACGGCUACUACUAUUCCUGAGCGC